CACUCCACUUCCACACUGUUUUGGAUCGACAGGAACAUCCAAUUUACAUGUAAUUGCACAAAGUUACACGAGUAUGUACAUCAUGAGAUAAGUAACAAUAAAUUUUAACAUCAUUCGCGAUAAAAAACAUCAUAUUGUCGAACCGCUCAAGUGAACUGUGUUGCCCUAAUUCUCGAAUAUAAUACUUUAAUAUCAACAUUAAUAAUACGAUAGUGAUAUUUUACGUUUACAAUUUUUUUCAAGUACAAAUUUGUUGCUAAAAUCUACAGUGUUUACAUUUUUCAUCCAAACCUACCGCCUCAAAAAAUGAACAUCAUCAACGACGACGUUCUGCACUCCAUAUUAACCUCUAAACACGAUGGAAACCUGAGCUCAUUUCGUAUACUCGACUGGCACAUCAACGACAACAUCCUAAAAGCUGGCAGCAACUACUGUACUCAAGUUUCUCAACUCAGCGUUCGCUACCAACCUCAAACACAGCAAGAUGAAAGUUCAACUCUCGAGGGUAUCUUCUUUCUCAAAGUUCCAGCCAAUGCUCCUCUAUACGAGGUGGUCAAAGAAUGGGGCAGCUACGACAACGAGGUCGCCAUGUACACCCAAGUUCUCCCUCAAAUGUUGGCCAUCGAUGACGAGUGCUUCUCUCCGAGACAAUACUACUCAGACGACGAAAAAUCUCUCGUGUUAGAAGACCUAUCUCAAUCCAGGUUCAGAUGCGCCGAUCGAGUCGAACAGCUCAACAUCGAGCACUGUUUUUACGCCCUUCGAUGUCUGGCUAAAUUUCACGCAUUAUCUGUCAAACUGGAGACCACCGCUAGUCUACCAGAAUUGGUGAAACGCGACCCUUACACGGGUCCUGAUGGGGGAUGGUCAGAGGACAGCAUCGCCUCUGUCAGUUCACAGAUUCCCGUAUACCUUGAUAGCUUAUCUCAAAAUCUCAAAGACCAAUAUCCCGACAUGGUAGCUUAUUUUCAAACCCUAUCGUCUCCUGAAUCCUUGACCGAUUUCGCGACCCAGAUGUCAACCAGCCAAUUCAAUGUUUUAAAUCACGGUGAUUUUUGGACCAAUAACAUAAUGUUCAAGUACGAUAAAUACGGUACGGUUGAACAAGUCAAACUGAUCGAUUUUCAACUCACUUUGUGGAAAAGCCCGGUCUACGAUUUGAUCUAUUUUAUCAUCACCAGCGUAAAGUUCGAAUUGUACCUUAAGUAUUUUCCUUUGUUGAUGAGAAUCUAUCUGAAUACGUUGAACAGAGUGCUCGGUCAAUUCAACUGUCCAACUUAUCAGAUGAACAGUCUUUUGAAAGAUUUUGACGAUAUGUUUCCAUUUGCGAUAAUUGUGCUAAUCAGUGUGCUACCUAUAAUCAUAUCUGAUCCAGAUGAUCCGCUGGAUACUAAAGAAAUGAGUAAAGAUGAUAAAUUUGAAAUCGACGGUAUGGCUAAGGCGUAUAAACAAAAGCAUUUUCAAGAAAUUUCAGCUAAAUGGUUCGAGCAUUUCGCUAAAAAAGGUACCAUGCGUAUUGAUGAAGAAAACACUUCGAUUACAACAGAAUGAUAGUACAACCACUAACCAGUGAUGUGAUGAAUGAAAAUUCUACUCAGUAAAAAGACCAUGGGUAUUGCCUGUGUUAUUAUUAUGUUGAUUUAUGAUAACGAAUAAUAAACUAAAAUUUCUCAAU